GUUUCACUCGAUGUUUCUGCACCCCUAGUUCCAGCCGCAGUCAACACAACACGCAGAGGACAAGCAUAAUUUUCUUUUGUUAUCUAUUAAAAAUCGUUGACCAUGGCAUACGACCUGAAGAAGGAGUCGGACGUGAAGGAGUACAUCGACAAGUUGGGCGUGGAGUACCGGUUCGGGUGUUAUUCCGAGAAGAAGCCGGAAGCCUGCCACCUACUCGGCGACUACCUUGAGGGCAUCAAAAAGGAUUUCGAGAAGGCAUCCAAGGUCUACAAAUCGACGUGCGACGACUACGGUUACGCAAAGUCCUGCUACAAGUACGGCAACUACAGCUUCCUGGGCAAGGGCAAGAGCGGGAGCAAGGGAGACCCCCGGGCGGCAUACGAAUACUACGAGAAGGGCUGCAACCUAAACGACUCGGACGCCUGCCUUCACUCUGGCCUGCUGCUUGUCUCCCGGUCUAUGCCCAAGGAGAUCGACAGGAACGUGCCAAAGGGCUUGGAGUUCUUGACCAAGAGCUGCGACAUGAACAACGCCACCGCCUGCUUCUACCUCUCCGGCAUGCACAUCUCGGGCGUGCAGAAAAAGCCUGAACAGAGCGCAGCGACUGCAUCCGCCGGGAGUGGGCCUGCGCCACCGCCUGUUGCAAAGACGCCGCUGAAGGACUCCGACUACAUUGUGCUGAAAGACAUGAAGAAGGCGUUCCAAUUCGCCCGCAAGGCGUGCGAGCUCCGCAACAUGUACGCGUGUGCCAAUCUCAGCCAGAUGUACGCCCGCGGCGACGGGAUCGAGAAGAACGAGAAGGAAGCUGAGAAGUACAAGAAGCUGGCCCUCGAGAUGCAGGACGAGGUGAAGAAGCAGCAGGAGACGCUUGGCUUUCAGCAGGGCGUCGGCAUGCCCAAUUGACUUAGAAUCAGUUCGAUUCCUACUUUCAUCUUUUGUUGUUCUUUCGCCCUCGCUUAGACCAAUGUCUUUUUGUCUUUACGUGUAAAUUAGUUGGGUUUCUGUUUACCCUAUGCUAUGCCCUUACACCUUUCCGGUCGGUUCAACACCAGUGGUUAAACUAUCCAAAUUGUGUUUUUCAUUUCUGUGUACAUAUCCCGCAUUUGCUUGCGGCGGAGCGAGAGAGAGAGAGGUGUGAGGAGAGAAAUUUCUAGUUUUAAUUGUUAAAGUUAUCAAGUAGCAAACGAAGACCUUAAAAAAAUUCUGUUGAUACCUUAAAUACAAAAUACAAACCAGUUCUACCAAAGGACGUAGACCAAAAAACUUUAA